GGAACCAUGCAUUACCCCGCGCGGAUUCCGAUACGCUGUGUUGUCGCGUCUGGUCCAGGCAUAAGAAUCCAGGAAUUUCCCAAGAUGAAGAAAAGGCGUAUUCUGGAUGAGACGAGCGAGUGGCAAGCACUGACUGCUGGCGGUAGCUCAGAAAAUGAUCUCAACAUUUCAGAUGACAUGUCCUCCGCGACCUCAGAUCGUUCAGGACAAGGGCUCCUGAUCGGGACCAGCGUUGCCGUAAGCAUCGCGUUUUUCGUAGGCUUUCUUGUCUAUAUUACCACGCACGCCAACGUUCCUGAGAGUGACCUUCUGUGGGGCAGCGAACUGAAUGACGCAACCGGCUUCGCCACCGCUCGACGCACGAAUCUGUCGCACAGGGUUACGACUUUGCCACCGACCAAGGUGACUCGGAGCGGUCAGACACUGCAGAAACCUACGAGCUCUCCGACGGCAACUGCAACUGAUGUCUCCACGCUACCAGAAGUGAUUCUUGUUGUAGCCACCGAAACCGAGACGUCGGUAAUGGAAGCAUCACAUGCCUCUAGUACGUCCUCACGCAUCACCGUUACAAGAGAGGUCACCACGUCUACCACAACCGAUACCAGUUCAUCGCAAGCCACACAGUCACGAACACACCCAAAAACUACAACUUCCACUUCACUUGGGACAACUAGGUCAUCGAAAGCCACAGAAACUACGAAGGUUGUGAAAAGACGAAAAAAAAGAACCAGGUCGAAAAAGAGGACCCCGCCGAAGAAAGUGAUAAUAUCGACGCCGACGAAGUUGCCCACAACCACACGGCCGAAGAAUGUCAGAAGGCGAGCGAAAGUCACUAGGCGAGCAAAAAUCGUUAGGACAUCGAAAGCUACGACAACCUCAAAGCCUGCUUCAAGACGCACUACAACGUUAGAUACCAGCGCAGAACUCGAAGACACCGGAAGCACGGAAGAAAUACCUGAAGACAUCACCGUAACAAGGACCAGCACUACACCGUCGCAAAGUACUUCAGAAACUACGGAAUUGCUGUGGUUCCUACAGAGCGACGAGACCACAACAGCUUUCAGGACCACAGCGUCACCUUCCAGACGGCUUCGUCCAACGAAAGCUUUCAUGCCGAAAGCAACCACUAGCGUUUUCGUGAAGUACGAUUUGACACUGCCGGAUUUUGCUUCAACAAGUACAACCACAGAGGACGACGUGCUCGAUGAUCCAGCCUUCAGAGAUUUCAUCGGGAGGUUGACGCCCAGGCCGUUCGCACGCGCGCGAGAAGGGGCCAAGCGUGUGCUUGGGCACAACCCCAGGACUAUAUAGUACUCAUUAUGUAUUACGAUUCAACUUGCCUGUUCGUUUAUAAUCUUUUUUCAUAACUGAAUACAUAUUGAUGAUGUUGUGCAGA